CCUUUUGAUUUCUAAAUAAAGCCCAAACCCACGUGUGACUGUGUGUUUAAGCAGAGGUAGGCCUAUAGCAAUGAAAGUAAAGCGUUGUAAACAUGCGAAAAAAGUAGUAUCUUUCUACAAGAACAACUUUGGCUUUCGUGAACCAUUUCAGAUUAUUGUCGAUGGGACUUUUUGUCAAGCAGCUCUGAAGGGCAAGAUAAACAUUAAGGAACAAAUGCCGAAAUAUCUCUGCUGUGCAGUACAGUUGGUUACAACUAAAUGUGUGCUAGCUGAACUCUCAUCCCAUGCUGCACUACAUGGAGCUAAUGCUAUAGCGAAGUGCUUUAAGACUCAUAAUUGUUCACAUUCAACAUUUUUACCUCCAGCAGACUGCUUGGACAGUUUUAUAGGACCUACAAACAGCAAACACUAUUGUGUUGCAACUCAAGAUUGUGAUCUUCGUCAUAAAUUUCAAGAACGGGGAGGUAUUCCCUUAUUUCAUAUCAUUAGGAACACUAUAGUAUUAGAAAAACCCACUGAAUCGUCUCAACUGUUAAUGAAUGAGAUUUCUUUGGGAAAAGUCUCUCCAACUCUUCCUGAACAAAUGGAGAUAACAUUAGAUAAUAACCAACCAUCCAGUGAUACUAAACGGAAAAGAAGGAGGCCACUUGGACCAAAUCCAUUAUCAGUUAAAAAGAAAAGACUUAAAAAAUCUGUUUCUGUUGCGAGUGGUGGAAUAUUGCAAAAGAACAAGGGAAGACGGUUGAGAUUAAUCAGAAAAAAAGCUCUUCAGCAACUUGCUAAUGAUGUAAUGACCGAAAAAUAACAUUAUUAUUAUUAUUAUUAUUAAAUCAAAUUUUUGGUACUGUAUUUAUUAGAGAAAUUAUGAGAAAUUCUGUUGAGCCAACUACA